AGGGUGUUUUGAACCACAUAUGAGCUAAAACUUUUGAUUCAACCUUUACUUAUGAUAUAAAAGUCAAGUAUAAAGAAUUACAGACGAACAAAAUAUUAUUUUGAAGAUGCUUCGUCUACUAUUGCCCUUUUUGGGAUUUACCUUGGUGUACGGUGCUGCAAUUGAUCCUUGCAAAGAUGGCACUCGUACUGAUGGGGAAUUGUUUCUCUUAGAUGACGGAUGUCAUCCGUACUAUUAUGAGUGUGUCCACGGCGAAUCGAUGCAACGACCAUGCGCGGGCGGAACGGUAUUUGAUGUCUCUAUAGGCGUAUGUAAUCAUCCUGGAGAUACUGCUGCAUGCGGCGUUACUUCAAGUGAUCCUUGUGCUGAUGGUACCUAUACCGAAGGAACUCUAUUCCUUUAUACGGAAGGAUGUUUCCCGUACUACUAUGAAUGCGUGCAUGAUCAAUCUUUACAAAGACCAUGUGCCCCAGGCACGGUAUUCAGUACUUCUGUUGGAGUGUGUAUUCAUCCGCGAGACCAUCCAGCAUGCGUUGAUGGAUGCACACAUGGAGACCUCUUUAUUCCAGAUGAAGGAUGCUACUCUUUUUAUUUUCAAUGCGUACAUGGUGAACCAGUGGAAAAAUUAUGUGGCGAUGGAUUAGUUUUUGACAGCACGACGAAUACUUGUAAUUGGCCAGCGAGUGUGCCAGCAUGUGUUGUUGGUUCUGGCGACUGUCAUGGACAUGAGCACGAAGACUUGUAUCUUCCUGAUAACGGUUGCCACAACUAUUUCUACCAAUGUGUUCAUGGCACUGCUGUUAAAAUGCCGUGCCCAGCAGGGCUAGCAUUCAAUGAAGACACGCAAGAAUGUGACUGGCCUUCUAAUGUUCCUGCAUGUCCUGGAUAUUCACCCGAAGAAAAAACAACGUCCAAAACAACAACGGAAGCGGAUUCAGACAACUGCCACGGACACCAACACGAAGAUCUGUAUCUUCCAGAUGGCGGUUGUCAUGAUUAUUUCUACCAAUGCGUUCAUGGUACUGCUGUCAAAAUGCCUUGUCCAGCAGGACUAGCCUUCAGUGAAGACAGGCAAAUUUGUGAUUGGCCAUCUACCGUUCAAGCAUGUCCAGAAUAUCCAACUGAAGAAAAAACAACAAAAGUGACAACAACGACAGAAGCAGCAGCAGUAGAUCCAGACAACUGCCAUGGACACCAACACGAAGAUCUGUAUCUUCCAGAUGGCGGUUGUCAUGAUUAUUUCUACCAAUGCGUUCAUGAUACCGCGGUCAAGAUGCCCUGUCCAGCAGGACUAGCCUUCAGCGAAGACAGGCAAAUUUGUGAUUGGCCCGCUACUGUUCCAGCAUGUCCAGAAUAUCCAACUGAGGAAACAACAACAAAAAUGACAACAACAACAGAGGCAACAGCAGAUUCAGACAACUGCCACGGGCACCAACACGAGGAUCUAUAUCUUCCAGAUGGCGGUUGUCAUGAUUAUUUCUACCAAUGUGUUCAUGGUACUGGCGUUAAAAUGCCCUGUCCAGCAGGACUUGCCUUCAGCGAAGAGAGGCAAAUUUGUGAUUGGCCUUCAACUGUUCCAGCAUGUCCAGAAUAUUCAACUGAUGACACAACAACAAAAUUGACAACAACGACAGCAGCAUCUUCAGAUUCAGACAACUGCCACGGACACCAACACGAAGAUCUGUAUCUUCCAGAUGAUGGAUGUCAUGAUUAUUUCUACCAAUGCGUUCAUGGUAAUGCAGUCAAAAUGCCCUGUCCAGCAGGUCUAGCCUUCAGCGAAGAGAGGCAAAUUUGUGAUUGGCCUUCUACUGUUCCAGCAUGUCCAGAAUAUUCAACUGAGGAAAAAACAACAAAAAUGACAACAACGACAGAAGCAGCAGCAAAUCCAGACAACUGCCAUGGACACCAACACGAAGAUCUGUAUCUUCCAGAUGGCGGUUGUCAUGAUUAUUUCUACCAAUGCGUUCAUGAUACCGCGGUCAAGAUGCCCUGUCCAGCAGGACUAGCCUUCAGCGAAGACAGGCAAAUUUGUGAUUGGCCCGCUACUGUUCCAGCAUGUCCAGAAUAUCCAACUGAGGAAACAACAACAAAAAUGACAACAACAACAGAGGCAACAGCAGAUUCAGACAACUGCCACGGGCACCAACACGAGGAUCUAUAUCUUCCAGAUGGCGGUUGUCAUGAUUAUUUCUACCAAUGUGUUCAUGGUACUGGCGUUAAAAUGCCCUGUCCAGCAGGACUUGCCUUCAGCGAAGAGAGGCAAAUUUGUGAUUGGCCUUCAACUGUUCCAGCAUGUCCAGAAUAUUCAACUGAGGACACAACAACAAAAUUGACAACAACGACAGCAGCAUCUUCAGAUUCAGACAACUGCCACGGACACCAACACGAAGAUCUGUAUCUUCCAGAUGAUGGAUGUCAUGAUUAUUUCUACCAAUGCGUUCAUGGUAAUGCAGUCAAAAUGCCCUGUCCAGCAGGUCUAGCCUUCAGCGAAGAGAGGCAAAUUUGUGAUUGGCCUUCUACUGUUCCAGCAUGUCCAGAAUAUUCAACUGAGGAAAAAACAACAAAAAUGACAACAACGACAGAAGCAGCAGCAAAUUCAGACAACUGCCACGGACACCAACACGAAGAUCUGUAUCUUCCAGAUGGUGGAUGUCAUGACUAUUUCUACCAAUGCGUUCAUGGUACUGGCGUUAAAAUGCCCUGUCCAGCAGGACUUGCCUUCAGCGAAGAUAGGCAAAUUUGUGAUUGGCCUUCUACUGUUCCAGCAUGUCCAGAAUAUUCAACUGAGGAAACAACAACAAAAUUGACAACAACGACAGAAGCAGCAGCAAAUUCAGACAACUGCCACGGGCACCAACACGAAGAUCUUUAUCUUCCAGAUGGUGGAUGUCAUGAUUAUUUCUACCAAUGUGUUCAUGGUACUGGCGUUAAAAUGCCCUGUCCAGCAGGACUUGCCUUCAGCGAAGAGAGGCAAAUUUGUGAUUGGCCUUCAACUGUUCCAGCAUGUCCAGAAUAUUCAACUGAGGAAACAACAACAAAAUUGACAACAACGACAGCAGCAUCUUCAGAUUCAGACAACUGCCACGGACACCAACACGAAGAUCUGUAUCUUCCAGAUGGUGGAUGUCAUGAUUAUUUCUACCAAUGCGUUCAUGGUAAUGCAGUCAAAAUGCCCUGUCCAGCUGGACUAGCCUUCAGCGAAGAGAGACAAAUUUGUGAUUGGCCUUCUACUGUUCCAGCAUGUCCAGAAUAUUCAACUAAGGAAAAAACAACAAAAAUGACAACAACAACAGAAGCAGCAGCAAAUUCAGACAACUGCCACGGACACCAACACGAAGAUCUUUAUCUUCCAGAUGGUGGAUGUCAUGAUUAUUUCUACCAAUGCGUUCAUGGUACUGGCGUUAAAAUGCCCUGUCCAGCAGGACUUGCCUUCAGCGAAGAGAGGCAAAUUUGUGAUUGGCCUUCAACUGUUCCAGCAUGUCCAGAAUAUUCAACUGAGGAAACAACAACAAAAUUGACAACAACGACAGCAGCAUCGUCAGAUUCAGACAACUGCCACGGACACCAACACGAAGAUCUGUAUCUUCCAGAUGGUGGAUGUCAUGAUUAUUUCUACCAAUGCGUUCAUGGUAAAGCGGUCAAAAUGCCCUGUCCAGCAGGACUUGCUUUCAGCGAAGAGAGGCAAAUUUGUGAUUGGCCCUCCACUGUUCCAGAAUGUCCAGAAUAUUCAACUGAGGAAAAAACAACAAAAUCGACAACAACGACAGAAGCAGCAGCAAAUUCAGACAACUGCCACGGACACCAACACGAAGAUCUUUAUCUUCCAGAUGGUGGAUGUCAUGAUUAUUUCUACCAAUGUGUUCAUGGUACUGGCGUUAAAAUGCCUUGUCCAGUAGGACUUGCCUUCAGCGAGGAGAGGCAAAUUUGUGAUUGGCCUUCAACUGUUCCAGCAUGUCCAGAAUAUUCAACUGAGGAAAAAACAACAAAAAUGACAACAACGACAGAAGCAGCAGCAAAUUCAGACAACUGCCACGGACACCAACACGAAGAUCUGUAUCUUCCAGAUGGUGGAUGUCAUGAUUAUUUCUACCAAUGCGUUCAUGGUACUAGCGUUAAAAUGCCCUGUCCAGCAGGACUUGCCUUCAGCGAAGAGAGGCAAAUUUGUGAUUGGCCUUCAACUGUUCCAGCAUGUCCAGAAUAUUCAUCCGAGGAAAAAACAACAAAAAUGACAACAACAACAGCAGCAUCAGAUUCAGACAACUGCCACGGACACCAACACGAAGAUCUAUAUCUUCCAGAUGGUGGAUGUCAUGAUUACUUCUACCAAUGCGUUCAUGGUACUGGCGUUAAAAUGCCUUGUCCAGCCGGACUAGCCUUCAGUGAAGACAGGCAAAUUUGUGAUUGGCCUUCUACUGUUCCAGCAUGUCCAGACUAUUCUUCCGAGGAAAAAAAAACGAAAAUGACAACAACGACAGCAGCAUCAGAUUCAGACAACUGCCAUGGACACGAACAUGAAAUUCUGUAUCUCCCAGAUGGCGGUUGUCAUGAUUAUUUCUACCAAUGCGUUCAUGGUACUGCAGUUAAAAUGCCCUGUCCAGCAGGACUAGCCUUCAGCGAAGAGAGGCAAAUUUGUGAUUGGCCUUCUACUGUUCCAGCAUGUCCAGAAUACUCAAACAAUAAAACAACAACAGCAAAAACAACAACAACAACAGAAUCUCCAUCAGACUCUGGAGAUAAAUCAACAACAACACUUAAUACAACUACAAUUUCGUCAGACAAAACAACCACCACACUCACUACAACAACGCAGGGGGCCAGUGACAAAAAUACAACGACCGAAAGUGGAACUGAUUCAAAAGGUAAAAGUUACGUUGGAUUUGUUGUUGAUGUUACUGGGUCCAUGAAAAAGGAAAUUGAUGCAGUGAAGCAGUGGAUGACUGAUUGUAUAGAUGGCAAAAGCUCGACUUGUGGCAAAGAACCAAGUGGCGGUUGGAUCGUUUCUUCGUUCAACGACCCAGAUGCAGAACUUGAAAUUGGACCCACGACCAACAUUUCAAGGGCGAUCUCCGCCGUUGCUUCACUAACUCCAAAGGGUGGUUGGGAUUGCCCUGAGAUGGCAUUUUUGGGAUUGUCGAAAGCAAUUGAGGCCGUACCCGAAGACAAUGACGGUUGCAAAAUGUUCUUCUUCAGUGACGCAACACCAAAAGAUGUCCAUCGUGCUUUGGGUGUUAUCAAGAGUUUUAUUAAGAAAAGGUGCAUUUUCAUACCUAUUUUGACCGGCUGCUGUGGCGAGUGUCAUCCAGUCUGUCCUGCCGUCGAUGAAGAAUAUUGCAUUGAUCAUGUGACUUCGACUUAUCAUUCACGAAGGAGAAGGGAUAUAGAGAUAAGCGAGUCAGCUCCAUCGGAAUACUCCUAUUACACAAUGGCAGAAGAAACUGGUGGUAAUGUUUAUAUAACAGAUAAACCUGAAUCCGCCGACGAUUUUUUUGAAUAUCUAUCUGGCACCGUUACAUUAGGAACCUGUGGAAGCACUAAGACUGCUGGACCCGAAGGUGGAUAUAAAUGUGAAGCUGAUUGUGUGGCAAGUAGUUCGUGCUGGGAUCGUAGUGUCAGUAAAUGCUUCUGCUCUGAUGAUAAAUGUUCGACUGAAACACCUCUGAUUGGAGCCUCUGCAUGUGGAGGCGCACAACAUUUCCCAUGUGAUGCCGAUAUACCGAGGCAAAUUUUCCCUGACUCAAAACUCUGCAAUGGAUUCUACAUGUGUGAAUAUGCACGAUUACAUCACUUCGUUUGUGCACCUGGUGCCAUAUACAGCGCAACAUCGACGUCUUAUUGUGACCAUCCAUACAACGUUCCUGAGCCUUGCGGUACGCUCAAACCAUCUGAUGAAGGAACUAUAUAUUGAAAACCAACUGAAUUACUGAUCGAUUAAUAAAUACUGGAACAAGACGAUUCUCAUUAUUUUAUUAGAUAAUUUAAAUUAAUCAUGCUGCUUUAUGUAAUACUUUUUAUUUCAAAACCUAUUAUUUUAGCUUGACACUUCACACGCUGUAACAGAUUCCAUUUAUUGGCGUUCUCAUUACGGCAUUCAUAAAAAUAAGUUAGUUAUUCUAUCAAUAAACUUGUCUCCUCGAACAAUUCCGAAGUUAUGUUCAUAUCCGUUGUAAUUCUCUUCAGUAAAUGUUAUAGAAAAUGUUUACCUUCAAAAUUUUCAUACAUUAUUCUCUAAAUAACAUCUGCAUUCGCUCGUUUUAUUUUAUAAUAUUUUUAUAGCUGGAUAAAAUUACUGACGAAUAAAACAUUACUCCUGCAAAAUUUGA